ACCCGUCCUCGUCCAAUCCAGCCGCCAGAGUGCCCAAGGAGGCGCUCGAGCUGGCAUGCCCGGGGGCAACCCAACGCUAGGCGCCGACGGAGGGGAGGCCGAAACAAUUUCAAUUUCCGGCGACGACGUCGUCCUCGCCGGCGGCGGCGCCAUGAACUUGUUCGCCGCUCGUGUUCGCGGAGCGGGGGCGGGGUCGAAGGAGGCGGGAUCUGCAGGAGGCCAGGCGCUUCUGGAGCUUACGCCGCAUAGGACGGCGGUGUGCCAUCUAGUGCAGGUCUGCGCGUCGCCGGGGGCGCAGGAAGAGGGCCCCCUAGCCGGGCUGCCAUUCCCGUUCGAGUCCGUCGCCCACCACAACGGCCUCGGGCUCUUCUUCUUCUCCCUCACCCAGGAUGCCACACUGUUUCUAGUAAAUGAUGCAAAGGAGAUUCAACAAUUUUUCUAGUUCUUCUGAAGCUGUUCUGGAACCCCGAAG